CCAAGUAAGAUGGCGGUGCGGAUGAUGAAGACCGUGCAGGCGGUUCAUCUUGAGUCUGACGCUUUCCUGGUUUGUCUCAGCCAUGCCCUGAGCACAGAGAAGGAGGAGGUGAUGGGUCUGUGUAUAGGGCAGUUGAAUGAUGAUGCUAGGAGUGACUCCCAGCAUACUUACGCUGAAACUAAAACGUGCACGAUAGGGGAAAAGAUGGAUGCCGUCAGAAUUGUUCACAUUCGUUCCGUCAUUAUCUUGCGACGUUCUGACAAGACAAAGGACAGAGUAGAAAUUUCUCCAGAGCAGCUGUCUGAGGCUUCGAUAGAGGCAGAAAAGUUGGCUGAAGAAACAGGUCAUCCCAUGAGAGUUGUUGGCUGGUACCAUUCCCACCCUCACAUAACCGUUUGGCCUUCUCAUGUUGAUGUCCGUACACAAGCCAUGUACCAGAUGAUGGAUCAAGCCUUUGUAGGCCUGAUUUUUGCUUGUUUCAUAGAAGACAAAACCACAAAGACUGGUCGGAUACUCUACACUUGCUUCCAGUCCGUACAAGCACCAAAAAGCUCAGAAUAUGAGAGACUGGAAAUCCCAGUCCAUAUUGUGCCUCAUACCACCAUUGGAAAAGUAUGCCUUAGAUCAGCAGUAGAGCUGCCGAGGAUCCUAUGCCAGGAAGAACAAGAUGCCUACAGGAAGGUUCAUGGCCUUACACAUCUGGACCCAGUCACCAAGAUCCACAAUGGCUCUGUAUUUACCAAGCAUCUGUGUAGUCAGAUGUCCGCAGUCUCUGGGCCUCUACUACAGUGGUUGGAGGACAGACUAGAGCAAAACCAGCAGCAUUUGCAGGAGUUGGAGCAAGAAAGGGAAGAAGGCCUUAUGGAAGAGCUGCCUUCUCUAGAAUAA